UCUCUAAAGUCACUUCCAGACACAGCAUUCACUCGUGUGUCCCCAACAGUUGAAGAAAUUAUUCAAAAAAGACCAAAGAAAAGACGCAAUGUGACGGUGUGUAGCAUAAUACAUAUGUGUUCAGCGGAAUGGUGACCCCCACAACAGGUGAGCUUCCCCCUCGCGAACAAUGCCGCUCGACUGGAAGUGACCAAGAGGAGACAGGCCGACUAUCAGUCGUCUCUGAGUGUUCCGCGGAGGUGCCCACACUUCCAAGUAAAUAGUCACUCUUCCUGCAACAUUACAAACUGUUUUGUGCUAAGCGAAAGUUCUCCUCUUAAAACUAUUGCAAUUUUUUUGUGUAGCACAGCGAUCUUUUAAAGUUCGAUGGUGUGUACAAUCUAGCUAAUGCAAUUAAUUACUACCUAAUUGUCGUGAGUGACAACGUUGAUUUUUCACGCGCUGUUUUCCCGCGUACAAGUUGGGUGAUUUUCUUCAGCAAUUUUUCAUAUCCAUCACUUAAGUGACAGUGUUUAACUUCUGGUUUUUUUCACAGUAAUUACUCACACAGCAAAUUCUCGCGUGUUGUUUAUUUUUUUCCUUACACCAACCGUAUAUACGCGACACAGUUGAAACAGAAGGUGAAAAAGAGAUUUAUGAAUUAAUCUAUCUAUUAAACUUUCUGUGCACAUACAGCGCGUAGAGAAUUGAAUGUGAUGUGAUUUUAUAAGAAAAAAAAUAUAGUGAUCAAAUAUACAUAGUUUGAGAGACAGUAGGUGGAGAAAAAAAGUUUCCUACAGCAAUAGCUUUAUGUUUACGAUCCCAUACAGAUCGCCAUCAAUAAAGUAAUCGGGGAAAUCAUUGCCCAGAAACAUCAACAAAACGGUGAAGGCGACCUACUCAUGCUGCAAUGAGAAGAUCGUUGUGAUACUUUUUGAUGCGAAAUUCCCGAGGAGUUUUGAGGCAAAAAGAAUGAGCAGCGUUCUUGCAGAAACCCUAAGUGGACACCUUGGACGACACUUGCUGCACUGGGCAGGAUCUCAAGCGGAUCUGUGGUACCUCCUGUACCGCUGUAUCAAUAUUGUGCAGAAAAUUCACGAACCCCUGGAGAGAGGUGUUGCUGUUCUGGAUAAUUUCCUCACGCUGGACGACGAGGAGGUUGGUGGGGUGGGUGCAGGUGGUGCUGCGGCUGCCGCCAACAACAUUCACCCAUGCCACCAAAAUCAACAACAAGAGAAUGCUCAACGACCUGAAGGUCAUCGGAAUGCACCGCACAAUUUGUACUUCAUGGAAGAAACCCUCAACAACGGGCCCCCACUAUCACCACCCCACAACAGUGUUCUCAUGCAGCGUGAGAAUAUGCAAGUGAUGCAGCCAUGCAGUGCACCAUCAUCACCAUUAGCAUCACCUGGAGCCCUGAAUCUCACUUCAUUUAGCCUACCAACAUCCACUGGGGGUGCUUUUACCGUAAUCGACACAGGGGACCCCAAUUGGCAGGCAACAAAGCCAACAGUUCGCGAGAGGAAUGCUGCAAUGUUUAAUAAUGAACUAAUGGCAGACAUUAAGUUUGUCGUGGGAACUGAUGAUCACAUCCAAACAGUUCCUGCCCACAAGUAUGUAUUGGCAACGGGAAGUAGUGUCUUCUAUGCCAUGUUCUACGGUGGUUUAGCUGAGAAUAAGUCAGAGAUACGUGUGCCAGAUGUUGAACCAUCGGCCUUUCUCACCCUACUCAAGUACCUAUACUGUGAUGAAAUACACCUGGAGGCAGACAAUGUACUUGCCACGCUCUACGUUGCCAAAAAGUACAUUGUACCCCAUUUGGCGAGAGCCUGUGUCAAUUAUCUCGAGACUAGUCUUACGGCAAAAAAUGCCUGUCUCCUCCUAAGUCAAUCACGCCUAUUUGAGGAGCCAGAUCUCAUGCAGCGUUGCUGGGAAGUUAUCGAUGCUCAGGCGGAGAUGGCAAUAAAGUCUGAGGGCUUUGUGGAUAUCGACUUGAAGACCUUUGAAUCAAUCCUAAGUCGAGAGACGCUAAAUUGCAAGGAAAUUAAUUUAUUCGAAGCCGCCCUCAAUUGGGCCCAAUCGGCAUGCAACAAAAUGGAAAUUGAUCCAACCCCGCAGAAUAGACGGAGUGUCCUUGGGCAGGCCCUUACCAUGAUACGUAUCCCAACAAUGACACUCGAAGAAUUUGCCAAUGGUGUGGCUCAGUUGGGAAUUUUGACGCCACAGGAAACAAUUGACAUCUUCCUGUACUUUACGGCUAAGAAUAAGCCAACACUGAACUUCUCCAGUAAACCCCGUACGGGGCUAAAGACCCAAAUAUGCCAUCGAUUCCAAUCGUGCGCCUACCGGAGCAAUCAAUGGCGCUACAGAGGACGCUGUGAUUCAAUCCAGUUCUCCGUGGACAAGAGAAUCUUCAUCAUUGGCUUUGGGCUGUAUGGAUCAUCAACGGGAGCUGCAGACUACAAUGUUAAGAUCGAACUGAAACGCUUGGGGCGUGUUCUGGCGGAGAAUAAUACAAAAUUCUUCUCAGAUGGCUCCAGCAAUACCUUCCCGGUGUUCUUUGAGAAUCCCAUUCAAAUUGAACCUGAUUCCUACUACACAGCCUCUGUGAUCCUUGACGGUACUGAGCUGAGCUUCUUCGGGCAGGAGGGUAUGACUGAGGUUUGCAUGGGGAACGUGACAUUCCAAUUUCAAUGCUCCAGUGAGAGUACAAAUGGCACGGGCGUACAGGGUGGUCAAAUACCUGAACUAAUCUUCUACGGACCAAUGAAUACCGCCACUGCUGCUGGACAAAUUGGAGCUCCAACCACAAAUGGUCAUACAACCAACAAUAACACCACCACGACAAUCAUUGGGAAUAACAACGGUGAGGAUUGAGAUGGGAAAAAAUGUGAAUCUCAGCAUAAAAACAUUUAAAAAAAAACACUAAAUUGACAUCAACUAAAGGUUUCUCAAAUUACUUAUUUGGUGAUUAAUGUGAUCUAGAAGUCCACCUGGAGCUUCUUUCAGGUGGAUGGUUGGGAGGGAUGGAGUUACUUAAAAAGAAAAACCCCAUGGAUACACGGAAAAUAUUUAAACUUCAUAAGCACAAACAUUGGGAAGAUUUUUUUAUGAAGAUUUUGAGAGAAUUUCUGGGAAAGGAUUUAAGGAAUCUAACAGAUCAUUGUCUUUAAAAAAAAUCUAAAUGAAGAUCCAACAGUAGCUCUCUAAAACUAAGAGAUUUGAUAGUUUUAGAACCUUUAAGAAAGGUAUUUAACUAGAUUUCCUUAAGACUAAACGAAGCUGAUAAAGAUUUUCAAAAGAUAGAAUAAAGAUUUUCAGUAGAUGGUCACUUCUUCGUAGCCUCAAAAAAUCAAUAAAAUAGUUAUCUAAAUGAAAUAAAUCUUAAAGAAUUUUUGGAAAAAUCUUCCCAAAAAAAAUCUACAAAUUCACACAAUAAACAACACAAAAAAUACUAUCGUGAUGAUAAAAAAAAAACUAAAUAAAACAUUAUUUAAAAAAGAAAUAAAAAUAUCCAUAAGAAAAAUUUCAAAAUAUUCUCAACCCGAAAUCAUAACUUAAAAACAAAAAUUACGUAAAACUCUUUAAAAUUGCUUUUAAGUUGAAUGUUGUGUAUCAUUCUUAUUAUAUAGUCGGUAGUUAUUUAGAAGAAACAUAAAAAUUUUGUAGUUUAAAAAAUAAAUAAAAAUCAAAAGACAAAAUUAAGAAUUUCUUAGAAAUGUAGAGAAGCAGAAGAAAAAGAAAACUCCCUUCAGAAGGAAUCUUUCAGAGAGCAUUGUUUUCUUCCUGUACUGAUUUUUUUUUAUUAAAAAAAGUUUUUAAUCUCACGUGUUUCUUGUGAGGAAGUUUUUAAUGCCAUUUUUUUUGUUUAAAUUGAUUGCAUUUUAAGGAGGAUGUAAAAGUUAUUAAAUAUAUUAGUUGCUUCACAGUUUCUUGUAGACGAGAAAAUUGGAGGUAGAAAUAAAAGAAAUAUCUUUUCUUUUUAAA